AUUUGCAUUGCGUCCGUCGAAGCGAGUUGACAUGCGCACAGCAACUUGGCGGAAUUUUUGUGUUUUUCCGGGUGAAAAUGCGUGAAAAUUGUGUUUGAAAACUGUUGAUAGACGUGUUGUGCUGAGGUGUCUUGUGCAUUGAAUCCAAAUACUGUGCAGGAAUCCCCAGGAAUUGGGGUUGGAGAAAGAGAUUGAAGCAGCUAUUUUUUUUACACCACCACAGCAGCAUAUUUUUACAUAGUUCCGUUAUGUUUGUGGAUUUUUGCCUUCUUCUCCGUGAAAGAGCUUUUUAAAAUAAUGCUACGUGGUCAGUGAAGUCCCAAUUGGAAUAAGUUUCCCAGGCAAUACCAGAAAAAUAUCCAGGAAUUUGUGCAGUGUGAAGAAGGUGUCCAGGGGAUUUAUUUCUGGGAGGGAUUCUGGGAAUGUGACGCGAUCUUCUUGGUCCGAGAAGAGAAGAAGAUUAGUGGGAUCCGGGGCUGAGCAAGUGGAUGAGAGAGAAUAUUAAGUGUGUGAGGUGCUUUUUGGUGAUGAUCGAGGAAGGUGCCACAUUCCGGGAAUUCAACUAAGAGAGAGAGAGGAAGAGGGCAGUUCAAUUGUGGCUCUUGUGUUGAGAUUGAGAUCGUGUUGGUGACCUUUCGUGUGUGAACUGGCACAAUUUACAAUUUUUUCACACAAUCAGACAGGAUAUCAGGCAAUUUUCCAGCCUUCGCUGAUAUCCAUUGUCAAUUCCAAAACAAACCAAAUGAUUCUUCCUGCCUGAACAUCCUCCCGCAGAGCAUCAUGUUUGAAUUCGAUAACAACGUUUGGACAACACAAAUUGGGGGACAAUAUGAACCGGGAGGAUAUGCGAGUCAGGUGCAGCAGAGGAGUAACAUGACACAACGGGAGGGUAUCCAGAAAUUUGAGAAUGAGAGAAUCAAGACACUGCAAGAAGAACGUCUGCACAUACAGAAGAAAACCUUCACCAAAUGGAUGAAUUCAUUCCUGAUAAAGGUGAAAAUGGAAGUUGACGACCUGUUUGUGGACUUGGCUGAUGGUGUAAAGUUGCUCAAGUUGCUGGAAAUAAUUUCUGGUGAGAAAUUGGGAAAGCCAAACUCGGGUCGAAUGCGUGUGCAUAAGAUUGAGAAUGUGAACAAGAGUUUGGCAUUUUUGCACACCAAAGUGCGUCUUGAGUCAAUUGGAGCUGAAGACAUUGUCGAUGGGAAUCCCAGAUUGAUUUUGGGUCUCAUCUGGACCAUCAUCCUGCGUUUUCAGAUUCAGGAGAUUGAGAUUGAUGUGGAUGAGGAGAAUGAUUCGAGUGAGAAGAGAUCGGCCAAAGAUGCACUGCUACUGUGGUGCCAGAGAAAGACUCAUGGGUAUCAGGGUGUUCAUAUUCAGGAUUUUACGGGAUCCUGGCGUUCUGGGAUGGGCUUCAAUGCUCUUAUACACUCCCACAGACCCGAUCUCUUUGACUAUAGCUCAUUGACUCCUGGCCGGCAUAUUGAGAACCUCAAUCAUGCCUUUGAUAUGGCCGACAGGGAGCUUGGCAUUCCGAAAUUGCUGGAUGCCGAAGAUGUGGACACAACUAGGCCGGAUGAGAAGUCUAUUCUCACGUAUGUUGCCUCCUAUUAUCACACUUUUGCUCGCAUGAAAAAUGAGCAAAAGAGCGGCAAACGGAUUGCCAAUAUUGUGGGCAAGUUAAUGGAUGCCGAUCGACGAAAGAUUCACUAUGAGAAACUAACGACAAAUCUCUUGGAGUGGAUUCGUAUGAAGACGGAGGAGCUGAAAAAGAGGAACUUCCCAAAUUCCCUGGAAGGUAUUCAGAAGGAAUUGGUGAUCUUCAAGCAGUACAUUACAAUUGAGAAGCCACCAAAAUACAAAGAACGCAGUGAAAUUGAGGCACUGUACUUUACAAUUAACACCCUACUUAAGUCCCUGAAUCAGCCUCAGUACAUGCCUCAAGAGGGUCAAUUGGUGAAUGACAUUGAAAAGUCCUGGCAGAUGCUGGAAUAUGCUGAGCACAGUCGCGAAGUGGAUUUGCGCGAAGAAUUGCUGCGCCAGGAGAAAUUGGAGCAGUUAAAUUAUAAAUUUGAGAAGAAAUCUGUGCUGCGUGAGGGAUACCUGAAGGAGAUGAUUCAGGUGCUGUCGGAUCCGAGGUAUGGGGCAAAUUUGCGUCAAGUUGAUGCCACGGUGAAGAAGCACGAGGCCAUUUCGGCGGAUAUUUUGGCGCGUGUUGAGCGCUUCAAUGAUCUCACGGCCAUGGCGGAUGAGCUGACAAAGGAGAACUACCAUGGGAAGGAGAGGGUGAAGAAGAGGGAAGAGGAAGUGCUCAAUAAGUGGCAGAAAUUGCUGGAUCUCCUGGAGAAUCACAAGAAUAAUUUGACACAGAUGAGCAAUUUGCUCAAUAUGCUCCGGGAAAUUGAUGCUACGAUGUCAACGAUGAAGGAACUCCAGGUGCAAUUUGCAUCGGAAGAUGUUGGACCACAUUUGCUGGGAGUGGAGGAAUUGCUGCAAACGCAUGCCCUGCAGGAGCUUCAGGUGACGGCGUUGGGGGAGAAUUUGAGGAGAUAUGUGAGGCAGUGUCAGGUGCUGAAGCAGACAGAUCAGAAGGAUAUUCCGUUGCUGUUGCAGAAGAUGGAGGAACUCAAUCAGACUUAUGAGGAUUUGCAGAGGCAAUCGGCAGAAAGGAGGAGGAAAUUGGAUGAUGCGAGGAAUUUUUAUCAGUUUAUUGAGGAUUAUGACAAUGAGGAGAGUUGGGUGAUUGAUAAACAGCGAAUUUGCAAAGCUGUGAUCUCAGCUAAGGAUCUCCGGGCAGUGAUGUCAUUGCAACAGAAGCACAAAGCCCUAGAGGAUGAGAUUAAAGUGCGCAAACCGAAAUUGACACAGAUCACGGAUUCGGGCAGGAAGUUGAUUGAGUUGAAGCACACGAGAUCUGCUGAACUUCAGCCGAGAAUUGAUGCCCUGGAGCAGCAUUGGAAGGCCCUGGAGAGUUUAGUGGAGUUCCGGAAGAGGCAGCUUGAGGAUGAAAUUGAAGCAUAUCAAUUCUACACGGAUGCCAAUGAGGCAGAAUCGUGGUUGAAUGAAAAAAUGGCACUGAUGGCUUCCACGGACUACGGAGUGGAUGAACCUUCAGCCCAGGCUCUCCUGCAGCGUCACAGGGAUCUUCAGGGUGAACUCAAUGCAUAUUCCGGAGAUGUUCUCAAUCUCCGGCAACAAGCUGAGAAGCUCAUUGAAGCUGGAAUUAACAACCUGGAACUUUCCGCUGAGCCUGAGGCUGUUCCGGAAGUUGAACAGGAGGAAUGGGUCAAUGAGAAGCGUCUGGUGCCCAAGGAAGUCUGGGAAGAUGAGGAAGUGGAAAAAGUUGAGAGGAGAAUGGUGACAGAAAACAAAAUGUUCCCUCAUGUCAAGGCCCUCUACGUUUUCGAGGGCCAGGGCAUGAAAAUGGCCAAGAAUGAGGUUAUGAUUCUCCUCAAUAAAACCAACAAUGAUUGGUGGUCUGUCCGGAAGAUGGAUGGCAAUGAGGGUUUUGUCCCGGCCACCUAUGUCCGGGAAAUUGAAGCCCGGAAUGUGCCGUGCAUUGUCCCAAAGUUGGAAAAAGUCAAAACGGUGCAGAAAGUGAAGAAAACUGUGCUAGUCAAUCAGGUGGUCCCGGUUAAGCGUGUCCGGCCGACAAAUGUGUCCCAGAUCAAGCCACUCACGAAGCGUAGGCUCGUGAGUGACAUUGUGGAUGGGAGUGAGAGUGUAGAGAAGAGACUCAAGAAAAUUUGCACAACUUACGAUACCCUGCAGGAUCUAGCACAGAGGCGUCAUCAUCUCCUGGAAGAUUCAAUCUGCCUCUUUGGUUUCUUCCGGGAAUGCGAUGACUUUGAGAAGUGGAUCAAGGAUAAGGAGAAGAUGCUCAAUAGCAGUGAUUCCAAUGAAAAUGUCGAGAUUGCCAAGAGGAAAUUUGAGAAAUUCCUCACAGAUCUCUCGGCGUCGUCCAAGAGGAUAGAUGCCCUGGAUGCUGCCGUGGAGGACUUUAUUCAGCAAGGGCAUUCACAGUUGGACAAGAUCAAGGCCAGGCAGAAGCAGAUCCAUCAGCUGUGGGAUCAUCUGAACUACCUGAAGGCGCAGAAGGAGAAAAAUCUUCAAGGUGCCUCGAGUGUUGAACUCUUCAAUCGCACCUGCGAUGAGGCAAAAGAUUGGAUGAAUGAGAAGAUGAUGCAGCUGGAUGCUGCUGAAUGGGGUCGUGACUUGAAGACAGUUCAAGCUCUUCAGCGACGUCAUCAGAAUCUUGAGCGCGAAUUGGCGCCAAUUCAGGAGAAAGUUAAUCGUGUCAACCUGUUGGCCAAUUCGGUCAAGAGCUCCUAUCCCACGGAGCGCGCUAACGUGACUCAGCGUCAGAAUGAGAUUCAGGAGAUCUGGAAGAAUGUCCAGAAUAAGGCCAAUGAACGUCGGGCACGCCUCGAGAAUGCCGUUGGGCAGCAGAUUUUUGAGAAUAGCAGCAAGAAUCUGCUGUCGUGGGUGGAGGAGACAAAUGCUGUCCUCAAUGCUGACAUUAUUGCCAAAGAUGUGGAAACGGCUAAGAAUCUGCAGAAGAGCCAUAUGGAUUUGGGUGAUGAGAUUCGGGCGAAAGAUGAUGAAUUCAAUGAGGUUAUUGGCCUGGGAACACAAUUGUUGCAGCGCAAUCCCAAAUUGGAGUUGGGCGAGAUGAUUGAGAAUUUGCAACAAGCUCAGGCCAAUAUUCACGAGAUGUGGCCAGAAAAGAAGAAAUUCCUGGAGCAUUGUUUGGAAUUGCAGGUGUUCAAUCGUGAAGCGGAUAAAAUUGACGCAACCACGAAGAGUCACGAGGCAUUUAUUGAGCAGAAAGAGUUGGGAACGUCACUGGAUGAGGUUGAUGCAAUCCUCAAGAGACAUGCAGAUUUUGAGAAUACCCUGGAGGCUCAGAAUAAGAUCCUCAGGGGAUUCAAUGACAAGGCCAAUAGGUUGAUUGCCAAUGAGCAUUAUGCGGCGGAGUACAUCGAUGAGAGGCGCAAUCAGGUCCUGGAACGGAGGCAGGCUGUCAGGGAAGCAGCACAGCGCAGGAAGUUUGAUUUGCAGGCUUCCAAGGGAUUCCAGCAAUUUGCAGCUGAAGUCGAAGAUCUCGAUACUUGGCUCAAUGAGAAGAUUAAGAUUGCCGGGGAUCAGAACUACAAGGACCUGUCCAAUCUGCCCAGGAAGAUCCAGAAGCACACGGCUUUUGAGAGGGAACUGAGAGCCAAUGAGGGACAAUUGAGGAACAUCAAUAAGGACGCCGAAGCCCUGAUUGCGACAAAGAACAAUGUCGAUCGUGUCGAGGAGAUGGUCAGUGGCUUGAAUAAGAAAUGGAAGGACCUCAUUGCUCUUUCUGGCGACAAAGGGCGUCGGCUUGAGCAGGCAGCUGCUCAGAGAGAUCACAAUCGCAGCAUUCAGGAUGCCAAGGAUAAGUUGAAGGAUCUGGAGAAUGGUCUGCAGAGUGAUGACGUUGGCCAUGAUCUCAGAAGCUGCAGGGAUUUGCUGAAGAGGCAUGAGAUCAUUGAGACGGACAUUAUUAUGUGGGAGCAGAAGAUUUAUGAAUUGGUGACUUCGAGUGAAGAAAUGGCCCAUGAGGGUCACUUCGAUGCUCGGAAUAUUCAGAAGGAGACUAAGAAUAUUCAGAAGAAUAUUCGGGAUUUGAAGGUGCCGAUGGAGAAGAGGAAGCAGGCAUUGGAGGAGAGUUUGAAGUAUCAUAAAUUUGGAUUUGAGUUGGAUACUGAGCUGCAGUGGAUAAAUGAGAGAUUGCCGACGGCUAAGUCAGAGGCUCUUGGGCAGAAUCUGCAUCAGGCUCAGAGUAUGUACAAGAAGCACAGGAAAUUGGAGUCUGAGAUUGAGGGACAUCAACCGAUGAUUACAAAAGCGUUGACUUUUGGGGAGGCUUUGAUUGAGCAGAAGCAUCCGGAGAGUAAGAAGGUUGAGGAGUUGUGUGAGCAUUUGAAGGAUUCGUGGGAGAGUUUGUUGGCAGAAGCUGCCGGGAGGACGAAGAGGCUGGAGAUUUCACUGAAGACGCAGCAGUAUCUGUUUGAGGCGAGUGACAUUGAGACGUGGCUGGGCGAGAGGAAUAAUCUGCUGAGGUCUGAUGACUAUGGCAGGGAUCGUGAGUCUGCCACGAAGCUUCUGACGAAGCAUAAAGCACUCGAGUUGGAAUUGGAUACGUAUUCGGGAAUUGUUUCCGAGAUGAGUCACACUGCAGCUGCCAUGGUGGCGGCAAAGUAUCCGGAUAGCAAGGUGAUUGCGUCCAAGCAGCAAAUGAUUGAGUCCAUGCUGAAGUCUCUGCAGAAAUUGGCCGGGCAGAGGCAAGUGAAAUUCAUGGAGAGUCUCUAUCGCUACGAGUACUUCCUGGAGGCCAAUGAACUGGAACAGUGGAUCAAUGAGCAGGAACAGGCAGUGUCAUCUGAUGACUAUGGUCAGGAUUAUGAGCAUUUGCAGGAACUUCAGAAUAAAUUUGAUGAUUUGAAGCAUCACAUUGAAUCCGGAACGGAUCGAUAUAAACAGUGCAUUGAGUCCGGAAGGAAGCUCCUGAACAAUGAAUCACCCUAUUCGGCUGCCAUUGAGAAGCGUCAGGAGGAGCUAGAUGUGGCCUGGAAGAGUUUGCUGAAUUCUGUGCUAGAGCGAGAGCAGAAACUAGCCGGAGCUGGAGAGAUUCAUCGAUUCCAUCGAGAUGUAGCUGAAGCUCUCUUCCGGAUUCAGGAUAAAAAUGCCAGUUUGUCCUCGGAACUCGGAAAGGAUCUCAAUUCGGCACUGUCUCUGAUCAGGCGACAUGAGGGCUUUGAGAAUGAUCUGGUAGCCCUAGAAGCUCAAUUGCAGGUCCUCGUGGAGGAUUCAGUGCGUCUCCAGACCAAGUAUCCUUCCAAUGCUGAAGCAAUUGCUCAGCAGCAGCAAAAUGUCAUUGAAUCCUGGAAUGUUCUCAAAGAGAAAUCUUCCCUAAGGAAUGAUCAACUAGCAGCGAGUUAUGAUCUUCAGAGUUUCCUGGCUCAGGCCAGAGAUCUCCUGCUCUGGGCGUCCAAUCUUCGGGCUGCACUGCAAGCUGAGGAGCAUGUUAGUGAUGCAGCAGGAGCUACGGCCCUGAAGAUCCAGCAUGAUGCCAUCUACGGAGAAAUUGAAGCCAGGGAAGAGAAGUUCCGGGAACUCAAUGAAUUGAGUGACUCAAUGGUCCAGACUGGCCACUAUGCAGCUGCAGAAGUCGAGGACAAGUGCCUGAUCCUCCUAGACGAACGACAAAAACUCCAUACGGCCUGGAACAAGAAGAAAAUCCUCCUGGAGCAAAAGAUUGAUCUGUUCUGCUUCCUGCGCGAUGCAAAGCAAAUAGACAAUAUUUGCUGCUCCCAGGAAGCCACCCUCUCAACAUCGGACUUUGGGAACACAAUUGAGGAAGUGGAGAAUCAGAUCAAGAAGCACGAAGCUUUCGAGAAACUCAUCCAAACCCAGGAUGAAAAAGUAGCCCUCCUUCAGAGUCACGGAAGGAAGCUAGUGGAACAGAAUCACUACGAUUCAGCCAAUAUCCAAAAAGUUCUCAAAGAUGUAGUCGAUCACAGAAUGAAAGUCGUCAAUCUCUGUGCAAUCCGGAAGCAGAAGUUAAUUGAUGCACUGCUCUAUGCUCAAUUUGUCAGUGAUUGCGCCGAAGCUGAAGCCUGGAUCAGUGAAAAGCUAAAAAAAAUGGAAGUUGAUGAUAGUUACACGGACGUAACUAGCCUCGAAGACAAGAUCAAAAAACUACAGAAGCAUCAAUCCUUCCAGGCUGAGGUCGCAGCAAAUGAGCAGAGAAUCAAAGAGAUUCAGGACAAAGGGGAUCGUCUGAUCAAGAAGAAGCACGAAUCUUCAGAAGAAAUCAAACAAGCCGUCAGGAAUGUUCUCAAAUACUGGAAUCAACUCCUGGACGAGCUCUCCAAACGCGGAAGGGGCUUAGAGGAAGCUCAGGAUAUCCUAGAGUUCAACAAUCACCUUGACAAAUUAGAAGCCUGGAUCAGGGACAAGGAACUGAUGGUGAAUGCCGGAGAUACAGGAAGGGACUUGGAGCACUGUAUGGCACUGAGGAGGAAACUAGAUGAUGUGGAUUCAGACAUGAGAGUUGAUGAUCAACGCAUUAAGAACAUCAACGUUCUCACGGAUAAAUUGCUGAGUCAGGGACCGAAGGAGGUGAAGAAUGUUGAACAGAGACGUGAUAAUCUCAACAGCAAGUGGAAGGCUCUUCAAGGGGCACUAAAUGCUUACAGAAAAUUGCUGGAGGGAGCCUAUGAGAUUCAUGUCUUCAAUCGCGAUGUCAAUGACACUUCCGAGAGGAUCAAUGAGAAAGCCCUGGCCAUGAAUCUGGCCGAUGUUGGGCGAGAUUUGAAUGCCGUUGAGGGUCUGCAGAGGAAGCAGGAAGCCCUGGAGCGCGAUAUGACGGCAAUUGAGCAGAAACUUGGGGAUCAUGGAAAGGAAGCUACUCUGCUGAUCCAUACGUAUCCUCAGAGGAAGGAUGACAUCCAGGCUAAAUUGGAGGAGGUUCAUGAGAACUGGAAGGGACUCCAGGGAGCGACGGAGAGAAAGAGGGAUCUCCUGCAGAAUGCGUACAUUUUGCACAAAUAUGCGGCUGAUGUGAGGGAAUAUGAGGAUUGGGUGAAUGAUAUCAUGAAGAAGAUGGAUUCAGCUCCAAGUCCAGCCACAAUUGAUGAGGCUGAGGUACAGUUGGAGCUGCACCAGGAGCGAAAGGCGGAAAUUGAUGGAAGGGACGAGGCAUUCCUGAAGCUGCAGAAACACGGGAAGGAAUUGGUUCGUUUGGAGGAGGCCAAGAAUAUCAAGAUGAUUGAUGUAUCGAGGAAUCUGGAGACUCUGGAGAGUUUGCAUGGGAAGUUGCACAAGGCUUGGCAGAAUCGAGCUGAUCAACUCAAAGCAACCCAUCAGAUCCUUCUGUUCAAGGCUCAAGCGGAUCAAAUUGACAGAUGGCUGAGGAAUAAGGAAGCUUUCCUGAACAAUGAUGACCUCGGGGAUUCCUUCACGUCGGUGGAUCUCCUGAUCAAGAAACACGAGGCUUUUGAGAAACUCCUGAACAGCAAUCAAAUUGACGACCUCAAAGACUUUGCUGCGGCUGUAAAGUCCUCCAAGGGCAUCGAUCAGAGGGUCAUUGAGCAGAGACUCGAGGAAAUUGAGGCAAGAUAUGCCAAACUCCUGGCUUCCAGUGCAGAAAGGAAGUUCCGGCUGCAGCAAUCGCUGCAGUAUCAAGAGUUCCUCCGGAAACUGUACGAAGUGGAAAAGUGGCUGCAUCAGAAGAUGCAAGUGGCUCUGGAUGAAAAUUACCGAGAAGUUAGCAAUCUUCAGAGCAAGAUUCAGAAGCAGACAGCCUUCGAGUCAGAGCUCAAUGCCAAUGUUCACAGGAUAAAUGCGGCAAUGAAGGAGGGAGAGAAGUUAAUCGACGAGAAACACUACGCCAGUGAAGAGAUCCUAGCUCAUUUGGAAUUCCUAGAGACGGAAUGGGCAAAACUUCAGGAGUUGUCCAGGGAGAAGAAAGAGAGACUGGCUCAGGCCUACGAUGCACUGAUCUUCGACAGGAGCAUCACGGAAUUCAACAAAUGGAUGGAUGAAGUUGAGUCUCAUCUGUCCUCGGAGGAUUACGGAAAGGAUCUGGCUUCCGUGAACAAUCUACUGAAGAAACACGAGAUGCUAGAAGCCGAUGUAGCUCAUCAUGCAGAAACCUGCGAGAGCAUGAAGAAGACCAAUGAAGAAUUCCUCAGGAUUAAUCACUUUAUGCAGGAGGAAAUUCAUGAUAAGGUUAUGGCUAGCAUUAAACGCUACCAUUCCUUGCAUGAACCAAUCUCAAUUCGGCGUGAGAACAUUGAAGAUUCCCAGCUUCUUCAUCAAUUCCUCCGGGAUGUCGAUGAUGAAUUGCAAUUUAUCGAUGAGAAGCUCCCUCUGGCUGCUUCUACUGACCUGGGAAAUAGCCUAUCGGCUGUCCAGAGUCUGCAGAAGAAGCAUCAAGCCCUCGAGACAGAAAUUCUGUCGGAGGAUCCGAUAAUUUCGUCAGUUAUUCAGCGUGGUCAUCAAAUGAUCCGGGACAAUCACUAUGCGAAGAAUGUCAUUGAAUCCCGUUCUGGGAUGCUUCAGAAGAAGCUCGUGACCCUUCGGGAUUUGGCCAGUGUGAGGAGAUUGCGUCUUUUGGAUGCAGUUGAGAGUCAGAUUUUGUACACGGAAGUAAUUGAGGCGGAGACAUGGAUGAAGGAUAAAUUGCCAAUUCUUGCUUCCCAUGAUUAUGGAAAGGAUAAUGAUUCUGUGCAGAGUCUGCAGAAGAAGUUGGAGAGUCUGCAAAGAGAAUUAACGGCAUUUAAGGGGAAUGUUGAGAAGAUUGAUAGUUUGGCACAGGGAUUGAUAGAUCGUGGGCACUUUGAUGCUGAGAAUAUUGCCGGAAAGAAUGAGACUAUUAAGAAGUUGUAUGAGAAAUUGUGUAGAUUUUCGAUGGAACGCGAGAAGAAGCUCAAUGAGAGCAAGAAAUACUUUGAAUUUAUGCGAGAAGUUGAUGAAUUACAUGAGUUUAUCCAUGAUCAAAUAACUGUGACGGCAUCAGAUGAAUAUGGAACGGAUGUUGAGCAUGUUGAGCAGUUAAUUGGCAAAUUUGAUUCAUUCAUAUCAAAUUUGACAGCCAAUGAGGGAAGGGUGAUGGCUGUUGUGGCCAAAGGAACGGUUCUGUUGGACGAGAAGAAUAGCUAUGAGGUGCAGAUUUCGGCUAAAGUGGCUGAAACUAAGCAACUUUGGGAUGAACUGAAGGAAUUGGUUCAGGCAAGGCAGGAAGCUUUGGCUGGAGCCAAACAGGUUCAUGUCUAUGAUAGAACGGCCGAUGAAACAAUCUCCUGGAUCAAUGAGAAGGAGACAGCGUUGAUGUCUGAGGAUUACGGACAGGAUCUCGAGACGAUACAGUCUCUGAUUCGGAAGCAUGAGGUCUUUGAAACUGAGUUGGAAGCUGUGAAAAAUCAGAUGGAUAUCGUGAUGAAGGAGGCAACAAAACUCGCUGAUACCUUUCCAGAUGCCAAGGAGCACAUUGAAGUGAAGCGAGAUGAGACAGUUGAAGCCUGGACGGAUCUUAUAAUGAAGACGCAGGCGAGAAAAGAGAAGCUACAGCAAGCUGAACAGUUGCAGGAGUACUUCGAUAACUACCGGGAUUUGAUGGCAUGGAUCAAUGAACAGUUGGCUAAUAUCACAGCUCCGGAUCUGGCAUUGGAUGUUCCAGGAGCAGAAGCACAGAUCAAGCAGUUGGAGGAGAAUCGGCAGGUGAUAGAAGCCAGGAAAGAUGCCUUUGAGAAGUUCUACGAAGCCGGAAAGACGCUCAUUGACAACAAACACUUCCUGGCCAACGAAGUCAAGCAGAAGGUAAGUGUCCUGGAGCAGAGGUACAAUUUCCUGCAGCACACGUUGGCAGAGAGGAGGAAGAUCUACGAACUCAAUCACGAUACCCGAUUAUUCAUGCGAGAAGCUGAGAUACUGGAGAAUUGGAUAAAUGGACGUCAAUCGAUGGUGAAAGAUGUCGAAUUGGGUGAUUCCAUUCCGCAAAUUGAGGAUCUGAUCAAGCGUCAUGAUGACUUCGAGAAGACUGUGUCCGCGCAGGAGGAGAAGUUCAAUGCCGUUAAGAGGAUAACGAUGCUGGAACAACUGAUGCGGAAGCAAAAGGAAGAAGAACUCGCAGCACAGCGAGCAGAGAAGGAGCGACUGGCAAAGGAACGUCUGGAGAGUAUCAAACAGAAAGAAGUUCAGAGGAUCACGGAAGAACGGAGGAAGAAUGAGAAGCAAAUUGAUAAAAAUGGUCCAACAGAUCCAGCAAAUGCAGCAUCUCCCUACACCGUUCACUCCUCCAAGAGUCUAGUGAUGAUUCCUGGCCAGGAACCCACCACAGCCUCACCCAAUUCCAUCCCUCAGGCCACAGUACAAAAGUCCAAUUCCGUCACGACGUUCUUCGGAGAACGCCUUCGUCGAGGUUCCGAGGGAAAUAUCAAACGAGCUGAAAGUAUGAAAGUUGGUCCGAAGCAACCCAAGAGGACACCAUCCUUCACGACCAGAAGGCGUGCACAUAGUUUCCGCAAGGACAAAGACAACAGUCUCCUGCCCCCGAUUGAAGUUCAAGGAUUCCUCGAGAGGAAGCAUCAACUUCAAUCAGCCGGCAAAAGAGCUCCAGUUCGCUCAUGGAAAACCUUCUACACAAUCCUCUGCGGUCAACUGCUGUGCUUCUUCAAGGACGAAGAAGAUUGCUACCAGAAACGUGCAGCAACAGCUCCCAUCAAUAUCCUCAAUGCCAAAUGCGAAAAAGCCGAUGACUACACCAAGCGAAAGAACGUCUUCAGAUUGGUACUUCUCGAUGGUUCGGAGUUCCUCUUCCUAGCCGCAACGGUGCACGAGAUGACCGAUUGGAUCAACAAGAUCUCCUUCCAUGCGAAACUACCGCCAAAUCUUCAACUCAUGAGCUACGACGACACUCUCAAGCAAAUGGGAGAGGGAAGUCCAGACGUAAAGAGUUUGACAGGAACUGAGGGAACUGAUGCAUCAUCCCUGAGUUCGAGGACUUCGUCUCCGGAUUCGCAGGUUCGCGGAUCUGGAGAAAAGUCACCGAGCACGCCACAGAUUAACUUCCUGCAGAGGCAGAAGGAACUGAAGGAGCAGAACGCACAGCCUCCGCAUACGGGCCAAAUGGAGAAGCCACCGAUUCCACCUAGAGGGGCUCCGCCGCCAACGCCUCAGCGUCAGAGUAGCGUUCAGGAUGUUCAACUGAGGAAUCGUAGUUACUCCAACGGAGUUGCUCCAGAUGGCUUUGACGACAAUAGUAAUUAUGAGAAUCAGAUGCAGAGACCACAUUCCAUGUUACCGACCAUGCAGAGCGGCACAAACAAUGGUGACGAGGCAUGGAUGCGCCAAAGUGAGUUUAGACAGUCAGAUAAACCUCCACCUUUGCCGGCAAGUCUGCCCCCAAUGGGUGGUGGUCAGUUCAGACCAAUGCCCCACCAUCCGGGAAACUAUCACCCGGAAAAUUUGCAUCACAAUAUGCACCGUGUUCAUCCAGCACCUCAGGCGCCGAUGAGACAUCCGGCGGAAUUGAGUUAUACAGCGGCAGAAGCCAGAACAAGCUGGGGUAAUGCACGACACGACACAACAUCAGUCACUGUGAGACCAAUAUCAAUGCCACAAGAUCCCAACCGCUUCCGGACGUCCACCAAUGAGAGUUCUAGCGAAAGUGAAUCCGUACAGUCCAGUCGAUCGAGUGUCAGUGGAACGGGAAAUGGGAAGGAGAAGAAAACUGGAAUGUUUAGGAUAUUCUCCAAGAAGAGGAAAUCAUAAAGACGGGGAUAGGCAGAAGAAAAGAUUAUUGUUUCUUAUUAUCCUAUUAUUAUUUUUAAAUUUACAAGAAAAAAAAAGAUAUAUACAUUAUAAAGAUUAUAAAUAAUUGUCUCUAUAAAUAUUGCGGUUUAUCUACAUAAAAAAAAUUAUAAAUAUUAACUAUAAAUAUUUUUUUGAAAGUAUUAGAAGUGCUCUUUUCUAAUUUUUACAAUCUAUAAACGGAAGAAGAGAAAGUGAAGAGGUAAAACAAAAAAAAACUUAUGGUUUUGGGCUAUAAAAGGAUUGUCUAAACAAAAAAGCAGAAAUUCUAUAUAAAAGAUCCAUAGUAUUAUUUUUACAGAAAAAUAUAAAUAAUGUGUUUUCUUUAAAUAUUUUGUACAUAUAAAAAAAUCUAUAAAUAAACUCUUUUUUUCAAUAAAUAA